AUGACCGCCCGCGCCCUCCUCCCGGGUGGGCUUCGGGACCCCGGGCUCUGCGCUCCCACGCGGGAGGCUCCGUCUCCGCCCGGCCUUCCCCGGACGCCGUCCCGGCCCCGGCCUCUGCUGCGCCCCCUGCUGCUGCUGCCGCUGCUGCUCCUGCCGCGCCCCGCCCUCUCCGCUGUGUUCACAGUUGGGGUGCUGGGCCCCUGGGCCUGCGACCCCAUUUUCGCCCGUGCCCGCCCGGACCUGGCCGCCCGCCUGGCCGCCGCCCGCCUGAACCACGAAGCUGCCCUGGAGGACGGCCCCCGCUUCGAGGUCGCGCUGCUGCCCGAGCCGUGCCGGACGCCAGGCUCGCUGGGGGCGGUAUCCUCCGCGCUCACCCGCGUCUCGGGCCUCGUGGGGCCGGUGAACCCCGCAGCCUGCCGGCCGGCGGAGCUACUAGCUCAAGAGGCGGGGAUCGCCCUGGUUCCCUGGGGCUGCCCCGGAAUGCGGGCGGCGGGCACCACGGCUCCCGCGGUGACGCCCGCGGCGGAUGCGCUCUACGCCCUCCUGCGCGCGUUCCGCUGGGCGCACGUGGCCGUGGUCACCGCCCCCCAGGACCUGUGGGUGGAGGCGGGACGCGCACUUUCCACGGCGCUCAGGGCCCGGGGUCUGCCCGUUGCCCUGGUGACCUCUAUGGAGCCCUCGGACCUGUCUGGAGCCCGGGAGGCCCUGAGGAGGGUCCAAGGUGGACCCAGAGUCAGAGCAGUGAUCAUGGUGAUGCACUCGGUCCUGCUGGGCGGUGAGGAGCAGCGCUGCCUGCUGGAGGCUGCGGAGGAGCUGGGCUUGGCUGAUGGGUCCCUGGUCUUCCUGCCCUUCGACACGCUGCACUACGCCUUGUCUCCAGGCCCGGACGCCUUGGCCGUGCUCGCCAACAGCUCACAGCUUCGCAAGGCCCACGAUGCGGUGCUCACCCUCACGCGUCACUGUCCCCCGGGAGGCAGCGUGCUGGACAGUCUGCGCAGGGCCCAAGAGCAUCAGGAGCUGCCCCCUGACCUCAAUCUGCAGCAGGUAUCCCCUCUCUUCGGCACCAUCUAUGACUCGGUCUUCUUGUUGGCCGGGGGCGUGGCGCGAGCGCGGGCGGCUGCAGGUGGCGGCUGGGUGUCCGGAGCAGCCGUGGCCCGCCACGUCCGGGAUGCCCAGGUCCCCGGCUUCUGUGGGGCCCUGGGAGGAGCCGAGGAGCCCUCCUUUGUGCUGCUGGACACGGAUGCAGCCGGGGACCGGCUGUUCACCACAUACGUGCUGAACCCCACCCGGGGCUUCUUCCGCUCCGCGGGAACCCCGGUGCAUUUUCCUAGAGGGGGACGGGGGCCUGGGCCCGACCCCUCGUGUUGGUUCGACCCAGACGUCAUCUGCAACGGAGGAGUGGAGCCCGGCGUCGUCUUUCUCGGCUUCCUCCUGGUGGUUUUGAUGGGGCUGACAGGGGCCUUCCUGGCCCAUUAUUUUAGGCACCGGCUACUUCACAUCCAAAUGGUCUCCGGCCCCAACAAGAUCAUCCUGACUCUGGAUGACGUCACCUUCCUCCCCCCGCAGAGGAGCAGCUCUCGGAAGGUGGCCCAGGGGAGUCGAUGGAGUCUGGCCGCCCGCAGCUUGUCAGACGUUCGCAGCAUCCACAGCCAGAGCCCGGAUUACACCAACAUUGGGCUCUAUGAGGGAGACUGGGUUUGGCUGAAGAAAUUCCCGGGGGAACAGCACAUAGCUAUCCGCCCAGCGACCAAGAUGGCCUUCUCCAAGAUCCGGGAGCUCCGGCAUGAGAACGUGGCUCUCUACCUGGGGCUCUUCCUGGCGGGGGGAGCUGGCGGUGCCGCGGCCCCCGGGGAAGGGAUGCUGGCUGUGGUCUCAGAGCACUGUGCCCGUGGCUCCCUCCAAGACCUCCUCGCUCAGAGAGACAUAAAGCUGGACUGGAUGUUCAAGUCCUCCCUCCUACUGGACCUCAUCAAGGGAAUAAGGUAUCUGCACCAUCGAGGCGUGGCCCACGGGCGGCUGAAGUCACGGAACUGCGUGGUGGACGGGAGGUUCGUGCUUAAAGUCACCGACCACGGUCAUGGGCGACUGCUGGAAGCGCAGAGGGUGUUACCGGAGCCUCCCACCGCGGAGGACCAGCUAUGGACAGCCCCGGAGCUGCUUCGGGACCCGGCCCUGGAGCGCCGGGGAACGCUGGCCGGCGACGUCUUCAGUCUGGGCAUCAUCAUGCAAGAGGUCGUGUGCCGCAGCGCCCCUUACGCCAUGCUGGAGCUGACUCCCGAGGAAGUGGUGAAGAGGGUACAGAGCCCCCCUCCGCUGUGUCGGCCCUCGGUGUCCAUGGACCAGGCGCCCAUGGAGUGCAUCCAGCUGAUGAAACAGUGCUGGGCAGAGCAGCCGGAACUUCGGCCCUCCAUGGACCGCACCUUCGAGCUGUUCAAGAGCAUCAACAAGGGCCGGAAGAUGAACAUCAUUGACUCGAUGCUGCGGAUGCUGGAGCAGUACUCCAGCAACCUGGAGGACCUGAUCCGGGAGCGCACUGAGGAGCUGGAGCUGGAAAAGCAGAAGACAGACCGGCUGCUCACACAGAUGCUGCCUCCGUCUGUGGCUGAGGCGCUGAAGAUGGGGACACCUGUGGAGCCCGAGUAUUUCGAGGAGGUGACACUGUACUUCAGUGACAUUGUGGGUUUCACCACCAUCUCAGCCAUGAGUGAGCCCAUCGAAGUGGUGGACCUGCUCAAUGACCUCUACACGCUCUUUGACGCCAUCAUCGGCUCCCAUGACGUCUACAAGGUGGAGACAAUCGGGGACGCCUAUAUGGUGGCCUCAGGGCUGCCCCAACGGAACGGGCAGCGGCAUGCAGCAGAGAUCGCCAACAUGGCUCUGGACAUCCUCAGUGCCGUGGGCAGCUUCCGCAUGCGGCACAUGCCCGAGGUGCCCGUGCGCAUCCGCAUCGGCCUGCACUCGGGCCCGUGCGUGGCGGGCGUGGUGGGCCUCACCAUGCCGCGGUACUGCCUGUUUGGGGACACGGUCAACACCGCCUCGCGCAUGGAGUCCACCGGGCUGCCUUACCGCAUCCACGUGAACCGGAGCACCGUGGAGAUUCUCUGCGCCCUAAACGAGGGCUUCCAGACCGAGGUGCGGGGUCGCACGGAGCUGAAGGGCAAGGGCUGCGAGGAAACGUACUGGCUGGUGGGCAGACGCGGCUUCGACAAGCCCAUCCCCAAACCGCCUGACCUGCAACCGGGGGCCAGCAACCACGGCAUCAGCUUGCAGAGUAUCCCGCCUGAGCGGCGCCAGAAGCUGGAGAAGGCGAGGCCGGGCCAGUUUUCCGGAAAGUGA